GACUGGGUCAGGGUUAGCGUCAUGGUUUCAACAGCCUAUACCAUUCUGACUUUCAGUUGAGCAUUUAUAAACGGCUUGGGCGAUAUCUGUACCUAUCUGGUUGAAAGGGCUGAACAGUGCAAUUCUGUUACCUAAAUGUUACACUGCAUGUAAAGGUAAAGGUGCAGUACAAGUAAAGUGUGCCAUCGAGUCGGUGUCAACUCCUGGUGACGACAGAGCCCUGUGGUUGUCUCUGGUAGAACACAGGAGAGGUUUGCUGCUGCCAUCGUAAAUAUAUCUUUUGGUCUGAAAGUUCCAGGUUUGCCAGCAAUUAGAUCUCAUAAUGGGAGCAUCUAAUUAAUUUUACUGAUCUCUACCUCAUGCUCCAAAACAAAUGUGUCCUAUAUUUGUCUGGCAUGGAGAUACCAUGCUUAUGAAAACCUCUCUGUGCAUCUGCACAGUACUGCAUAUGCUUAUUGUGCAGUCUAUAGUUGUGAACCUCACAGCUAGCAGGCAAUCGCAGGUCCAAAGGAGACCAUAUGUACUCUUUGUGAUCAAUUUUGGAUGCCGCCAUGGGGAUGUCCUGCAAGAAAAGCUGUCUUUUCCCCCAAGGACACUUUGCGCACAUACAGCAAAUCCAAAUUUUCAGUGCACCAAACUGGUUUGACCAUAUGAGCUGACUCUUAUAGAAGCACUGACCUAGGAAGAAAGGCAUGGGGGUUACACAGUCCCCUAAACAGGCACCCCGCAACAACAAUAACCAGGAUUAAAGUCUGUAAAUGAGAAGUGGCAACAGCCAAAGUGUUGCUCCCAUAAGACUUGAGAUCACCUCCAUACUUACCCUGAAAGUCUUUGUGUUGCCAAGGAUUAGCAUGUAUCAGGAUCUAGCCUUCAGCAGCCUCCUCCUUACCUCUGAGGGAGUUACAAAGUGAAGGAGAGAGAUGCUUCAUUCUCCACUGCUUGCGAACAUAGAUGGUUCCAAUUGAUAUAUUUUCUUCAACUCCAAAUUGAAAUGAACGGAAUGCCAGUUUCUUGAUUCUGGCUCCCUAUCCCUUCCUUCCCCUCCAUUGUCUGUUGUCUUUAGUAAGAACACAACAGCUGUUCCACUACAAAUCUGCCUGUCCCAGCCUUGGCUGCCCCGGGCUAGAAAGUCCAUGACAUCAGAUAUCUGUGACAUCAGAAAGACAACUAAGGGGGAGGCACAUGUCAACCAAACUGAAAUGGCCAGAUUAGUUUUGUACAGGAGUUUGAAGGUUACCAGACUGGUAACCUGGGAUCCCUUGGGUUGAGCCCUCGGGAUGGGGAUUUGCCAGGGCAGCCUUCCAAAAACCACCAAGCCCUUGAAGCGUGAACUGAAAGCUCCUGCUGAACCUCCAUGGGACUUAUGUAGAACUUUCUGGGGAAUUGCACCCCCUGAUGGGUCUGAUUGUCUCCUACUUUGCUGUCCUGAGUGGCCCCCAAUAUCUACAGCCUGAAGGUCAGCUCGCCUCACCUCAUGAUAAGCUGCAGGCCCCCAUCAUCAUCUUUAUGGUAGGAGGCCCAGGUUGUGGCAAGGGAGUGCAAUGUGCCCGGCUGGCUGACAAAUACAAUUUCUACCAUGUGGCUAUUGGAGAUCUGCUGAGGGAGGAAGCCAGCAGAGCUACCAGCAAGGGCAAAGUCAUUAAGGAUAUCAUGCUGAAAGGGGCUCUGGUGCCCACGGGCUACAUCUUGGAUUUGCUGACUGACAAUAUGCUAAAAUCCGAACGUGUCAAGGGAUAUUUUAUUGAAGGCUUCCCCCGGGAAAUUAACCAGGCCAGGAUGUUCGAGGAAGUCGUGGGGCGUCCACCCAACAUCGUGAUAGUGUUUGACUGCUCUACAGAGACUAUGAUUCAACGACUGCUGAUCCGAAGCCAGAUGGGUGAGAGAGUCGAUGACCAUGAAAGAAUCAUCCGACAGCGGCUAGAGACCCACUAUACGCUGUGUGAGCCUGUCUUCACCUACUACCUACAGAAGAGCUUACUUCGGAAUAUCCUGGCUGAAGAGCCCCCAGAAGUAGUCUUUUGCAAGUGCUGCAGUGUCAUUGAUGAUGUCUUGAAGGCAGCUGCCUCACAGGCCUCAACUAACAAUCCUACUUAAUUCUACAUAAAAUAAAGGUUUAUGUUGCUGGUC